UUCAAUGUACAGAAGUGGUUUCUUUAGAGGUCACUGUCGGAACCAGCCCUUCCCCUUUGAGACUGUUCCUACAGAAGGGGACUGAAGACGGAGUUUUCGUGCUGUAGGGCAGGAAAUGUAACCCUUGUCCAUGUGCCUCCCGCCUGCAGCCUUUCUGCCUCUGAGAGGAGUGUGGAUGGCGUUAUGGCCCUACUCUGCUUCGUGGCCAGUGAGAGGAGCCACAGUUGGGCUGAGUCAGAUUGUGGGACGUGGCCUAUUUGGGCCACUACGUUUUAGUGAUGGGUUUUUGGGAGUGACACGUCCCAUCAUGAGAGCAGAGCCCACAGAUUUGAAGGAGGUAUGUGUUACUGGGCAUUGGCAGAUCCCAAGUCGGCCUUAAACUGCCUGACUUCUUUAUCCAGAAAUGAGGUGAGUUUGGUCCUGAUUUGAAGUCACCAAGCGGUCCCUAUUCUAGUAAGAAGUCUCAUAGGACAGUGCUCAGUGAGGGAUGUGCCAUUUGUUCUUCACGUUUCAGGCAUUUGAGGGCACAAAGCAGGCAGAAACAAAUGUAAGCCAUCACGGGCCAGGCCCGCUCCUUGCAGAUGGCAAGCUGUGCUCUUAGAAAUCUUGGGGCUGGGAACUUUCCAGAAUGCUCGGUGAGACGCGGAGGAGCGGCGGCUGCCCGAGCUGCGCCCAGCAACGCGCUCCUUCCUGCUCCCCCACACCGGCCUCGGCCCUCUCACCGGCUGUAGAAAAUGGUGAAAGAAACCACUUACUAUGAUGUUUCGGGGGUCAAACCCAAUGCCACCCAAGAGGAAUUGAAAAAGGCCUACAGGAAACUGGCCUUGAAGUAUCACCCUGAUAAGAAUCCAAAUGAAGGAGAGAAGUUCAAACAGAUUUCUCAAGCUUACGAAGUACUCUCUGAUGCAAAGAAAAGGGAAUUAUAUGACAAAGGAGAACAGGCAAUUAAAGAAGGUGGAGCUGGUGGUGGUUUUGGCUCCCCCAUGGACAUCUUUGAUAAGUUUUUUGGAGGAGGAGGAAGGAUGCAGAGAGAAAGGAGAGGUAAAAAUGUUGUGCAUCAGCUCUCAGUAACCUUAGAAGAUUUAUAUAAUGGUGCAACACGAAAACUAGCUCUGCAAAAGAAUGUGAUUUGUGAUAAAUGUGAAGGCCGAGGUGGUAAGAAAGGAGCAGUCGAAUGUUGUCCCAAUUGCCGAGGUACUGGAAUGCAAAUAAGAAUUCAUCAGAUAGGACCUGGAAUGGUUCAGCAAAUUCAGUCUGUGUGCAUGGAGUGCCAGGGCCAUGGGGAACGGAUCAGUCCCAAAGAUAGAUGUAAAAGCUGCAAUGGGAGGAAGAUAGUUCGAGAGAAGAAGAUUCUAGAAGUUCAUAUUGACAAAGGCAUGAAGGAUGGCCAGAAGAUAACAUUCCAUGGUGAAGGAGACCAAGAACCAGGACUGGAACCAGGAGAUAUUAUCAUUGUUUUAGAUCAGAAGGACCACGCUGUUUUUACUCGGCGAGGAGAAGACCUUUUCAUGUGUAUGGACAUACAGCUGGUUGAAGCACUGUGCGGCUUUCAAAAGCCAAUAUCUACUCUUGACAACCGAACCAUCGUCAUCACCUCUCACCCAGGUCAAAUUGUCAAGCAUGGAGGUAUCAAGUGUGUGCUAAAUGAAGGCAUGCCAAUUUAUCGUAGACCAUAUGAGAAGGGUCGCCUAAUCAUCGAAUUUAAGGUAAAUUUUCCUGAGAAUGGCUUUCUCUCUCCUGAUAAACUCUCUUUGUUGGAAAAACUCCUACCUGAGAGGAAAGAAGUAGAAGAGACUGAUGAAAUGGACCAGGUAGAACUGGUGGACUUUGAUCCAAAUCAGGAAAGACGGCGCCAUUACAAUGGGGAAGCCUAUGAGGAUGAUGAACAUCAUCCCAGGGGUGGUGUUCAGUGUCAGACCUCUUAAUGGGGCCAGUGAAUAACACUGCUGGCAUUUCAUAUGCAGUAGUGAAUGAGUGAAGGACUAUAAUCAUAGCUCACUACUUGCUAUUUUGUUUUAAUAUUCAACUAUAGUAGUGUUUUAAAAGUUAAAUGAAGAAUAAACUCAAAUAUAAAAGCUCAAAAAAAAAAAAAAAGAAAAAAAAAAUCUUGGGGCUUAAGGCACCUGUGUUAUAUGGGAAGGUCAGAAGGCCAGGGACCUGGCACCUAGAAGUGGAAAUGGGGCGCAGCAGCAUGGGGAAACUGUCUGAUUUUUGGCUGGAGCCAAAUAAUGUGGCACCCUGAGCACAAUGGCUGCGUGCCUCCUGGAGGAAGCACUUAAAACUUUAGAAAUCCAAGCAAACCAGUGCAGAGAAGGCUGGGGACAGACAGGAGGCCGAGAGAUGCCGUGCUCUUAAGACCUGGGGGAAGUGUUUCAAAAUUAACUUGACCAUUCUUUUGAAACCAGAGUCCUUAA